GCUCUAUCACUUAUUGGGCAGGCAUGCUUUUCAUUCAGAUUUGGUCUCCACUUGAAUCCUUCUCGCUUGUCCUUUCUUUUACAGUAUAAAUUUCCUCUCCCUCCUCCCUUUAAUCCAUAAAGGAAUGGAAGAAAGGAGAGAGAGAGAGAGAGAGAGAGAGAGAGAGAGAGAGAGAGAGAGAGAGAUGUCUGCAAAGAGGCUGAUGAAGAGCGAAAGAGAGACAGAACAAGCACAAGCAGAGAAGGAGCCCGAGAAGAGAGCAGGAUCCAGCAAAGAGGACUGUGAUUAAUGGGAGAGAGCAAAAAAAAAAAAAAAAAAGUCAGGGAGGAACAUGGGAUGAUGGACAGCCAUGCUGGAAUUGAAACCACAGCUUUUCUCUUCUUCUCCUUCUUCUCCUUCUUCUCCUUCUUCACGGUGCUGUUCUUCAUAUGUCCACAUGCCUCUGAGGUGUGUGUUUAUAGUGGUCAGGUAAAAAAUAUGGCAUUAACAUCAAAUCAGAUACUCCUUGGUAUUCUCAACGAUUUCUGUAUUUGUGGACACCAUGUAGAUAACUAUCUUUAUUUAAUCUUAGAGGAUUUGAUUUAUGAUAAGACCUUUUUCUUACCUGAUACUAUCACAUUUAUUGAGAAAUUAUGAUGUAAGUUGGUAUGAAUAUAAUUGUCAUGUUUCAGCGAAUUAAUGUCCAGCCUGUCACUGCUGCAGAAGGAUCGCAAAUAAGUAAAAUGAGAGAGGAAAAAAAGGACAUUUUUGGGCCCAACUGGCUUAGAGAGAGAGACGACGGACUGGUGAGCUGCUUGUCAUCCAUUGUCGGCUACUGCACACUAUCGAUUGCCUUGUCUCAGAGGAGACAGAUGACUGCAUUAGCACCCAAGUUGCUCAAUGCCACUGGAAACAUAUUAACUUCAUAUAUUAGGCACCCUGUCUGGUUUCUAUGGCGACGGAUGGAGGAUGGAGGAAGUAGAGAGUGAAGAAUUGGGGGGGUGUGUAUGGGAGGAGAAGGAAAAGGAGGAGUAGGGGGUUGGGGAUACAGGAUGCAAUGGAACUGCCUUAGGGCCUAUCAGUAGUAUUUUUCGCUCCCCAUCUCUCUCUAUGUCUCUCUCUCUCUCUCUUACUCCAACACUAACACACACACACACACAGACCGUUUUUUUUUCUAACUUUAUCUAGCAAUGUUUCUUAUCUAUAUAUUAAACCUAUUUUAAUAAAAACACUUGUGCUUUACUGCUCUGUGUACUGUCAUGUUGUCAUUUGCAGUGGUCAUGAGAUUUAUCAUCUGUUUCAUUAGUUUGAUUAUGGUGCAUAUCAUAGACUUCCUUUUAAUGUUAAGCUAAAAUGUUCAUCAAAUUCUAGUCUCUCACAUAAACGCAUGCACAUACAUCACUACAAGCCCAAACCCUGACAUGUCUUUGUGUGACUCACUAGUUCUCCCUCUGUCUCCUCUCCCUAUCUUGGUCAUGGAGACAAUAGAUUGAAAGGAUGCAUAGAAGAGAAAAGUCAAUGGUGUUCACCUUUCCUCUUCUAGCUGCAUUGUAAGAUCUACAGAUCAACAGCACUGAACUACUGAACAUGAUCUGAUGUUGGCCUCUAUAGUUUUGUUACAGCAUAAAUGAAAUCAAGGCUGAAUAAAUUUCAUAUAUUCAUAGAAUCAAUUUGUGGUAAUUCAAAAACAAGAUAUUUUACGCGAAUGAAACAUCAUAAAGACUUUAAAGAAAAAAAUUACUGUUGAACUCUGAACAGUUGUUUUUUUUUUCUUUUUUUUGGCAUGAAGCAAAAUAACGAUUCUAGAGAUUUCAAAUCUAAACAUUCUAAGCAAAAUGUCCGGAUGUGCACUCAGGAUACUAUUUCUAGCGUCAUCUAUUUGCUUAGGAUCUAGUUGUUACCAUUGCUUUAUAGAUCCAGAUGACAGUGUCCGUCUGUGUUGGGGUCACGUUCUUAGUGAAUAUAACAUCCGUAAUAUAGAUGCCUGUUUCAAAACUCUCGAUAGAAUUUUCAACGAUGAUCCGAGAGUAAUCAAAGCAGCUGAAGUAGGGCGUGGCUAUGACACAGUACUAAAGGAGAUUUUGAGGGCUGAAAUCAUGCCUAUUGUGGAAGAAUUUCAGCAGAAUAUAAAUAAUGACACAGUGUAUGAAGUUCGAUUGCAAACUGCUGCAGAAAUCUUCAUCAUAAUGGCUUCCGGUCUGCCUAGAGCUUCUAGAUGUUUCCCCCCUUGUGGUUUUCAAGCUGAAGGCACUGUCUAUAACUGCGUGACUUGUCAGUAUGACUCCUGUGAAUUUCCCUUGGAUUGUCCAUCGCAGGAAAUUACUGUGGAGGAAAACAACAGAACUCAGAUGUGGUGUCAUGUGCCAUUUGUUUUGCCAAAUGACAUACAGAUUGUUUGGCGCUAUGCAGAGAUCAAGACACUGCUUAUAGAUCAGUUUGAGGAGGUGACAGUUGGCACAGAUAAGCUUUUCUCCAUACCAUCGGCCCGACUGGACCAUUCAGGAACAUAUCAGUGUGAGAUCUUUUCUCAGGAGCGCUCACUAGUCCGCAUCUACUAUCAUCUUACAGUCAUUCCCAAUGAAAUAGUUGGUUAUGCAGAACUGCAGGAUGUGUUUGAUAAGGCUCUUCUACCUGCUGGACAGUUUCUACUUUUGCCCUCUACACCUUCAUCUUCACUGCUGAAGCUGCCUAGUCCAGUUUUCCUUAUCGUUUGCCUGACAUCACUGCUAUUGCUGCUUUUCCUCACUCUAGUGGUUCUGAUGUGGUGCUUUUCUGAGAAAAUGGAUUGUGUGCGAGAUGAAGAACAUGGACCACAACAGAAUACUGAUGCCUCUUAAACUGCUUGAACCAGACCAACAAAAAUUCCAAUAAAAUAUUACUGAAAUGACCUGCAAUUGUUUUGCUCACCACUAGAGGAUGCCAAAAUCACUAAUGUAGUUUGUAACUUCUAACAUAUCUGAUAAAUCUGUGUAAAUUUCGUGACGAAUAAAAUGUGAAUUCUUUCGAGAAGAAUUCCACAUCAAAUCCAUUCAUAAAAUAAUUCUCUAUUACACUUAACCCACAUUGGUUCCUUUAUCUUUUUUACUCUUAUAUAACACAGUUGGCAAGGCUCUGUAUAAAAUAUAUUUAUAUUACAUGUAUAUAUGUAUGUAUUUCUGAUAUAAAGAAUCUUAAAGAACUGUG